UGGAGACGAAAACUACCUUUUUUCUUCUUGUGAUACUCUAGUCUUUUUUAUGGCUUUUCUUUUGCUGCUCGAGAAGAGAGAAUUGAAGCGGAGGGGGUGAGUGGACCGAUGUUGCGACCAUCGUCCAUUGUUAUCUUCCCAUCCCUUUGGUUCUUCCGUGCCAUCUUUAUGUGGGGUUUUCUAUGUACAGUAUUCUCCUCCCUUCUCGUUAUGCGCAGCCAGCUUGUGGCUUGUUUUCUUCACUCGCGCGCACACAAAAGGGACGUUGGCUGACUGCUGCACGGCAUGUGCCUUUGGAGGACAAGGGACGGGGGCGUCUGGGUCGGGCACCGCUGAAGCACUGACGAGGAAGAGAGACUGCCGACGCUUCUGUAUGCCAUGGCUGGUGUGGGGCAGGAGAGGCUGGCUGCCAGGUCUACGUGGGCUCUUUGGGGUCUUGCGGCUAUUUUUGGCUGAUCAUGGUGCUCAAAUCAUGCUAGGAAGUAUGGAGGUACAUAGCUUCUUGCUAUUUUCCAAAUUCGAGCUUUGACUUUUGAGCCUGACUCUUCUUUUCGAUGAUGACUGGUGGUGUGUGUUGAGACACGAUUAUCAAUGGGGAUAGGGCCCAGUGGCUAUCUCUGCCACUCUGUGAUAGUUCAAGACAAGACAGGUCGAUGGAUAUUUAGAUGGAUACCUAGUCCAGACGUACAAGAGAUCAAUAUUAAUCCCAAC